AUGCCAAUUGCUCUGGUUGUUCCACACCCGGCCAACAUGCCCGGUUACAAUAACACAACAGUCAACCUCGAUGAGGUUCAAUCACUUUCUAGCUAUCAUCAGUCAUCAAUGGCCUCAAAUCCCGCUGGCAUGUUUGCUUUCACUCAAGCGGAAUCUUCCCCAGACCUGUUGAACGGGUCAUCAUGGGCAACUGGAGACGGCUCCCAAAGCUUUCCGGAGUACCCGGACAAUGGAUCUACCCACUCUGGAGAAGCCGAGGACUAUCUUUUCACAUCGGGCCAAACCACGCCCAGAGGAUCAAGGCUGGAGCACGCCCAGUCCAUGGACUCGGUUUGGGUCAGCCCGAGAAACACUUCACAAAGCUCAUCCAUGGCACAAGUCAUGUCUAGGGCAGAUUCGAGCCGAUCGUGCGGCUCGUCUCUCUCUCAAUCAUCCCAGAUGAGCAGAGGUCAUGCGUCCGCUUUCAGGAAUAUGCCCCAUGCUAGGACCGCUGCCAUGACUGGAACCAUGGCCGGGAUGGAUUCUUGCCUUUUGGUAACUGCAGACGCACAUGCCGUGCCGUCUCAGAUGUACUGGCCUGAGCUCAGCCUUGACAUGACCAUGGCUGCCCCGGGUGCCUCCUUUGCUGUAGCUGAUUCCAGCAGCCCCAUGCACAUGGUUCCUGCUCACAUGCACUUGGGUCCUGAAUCGGUCUUGCCAGACAACUCCUCGCCGGGGUCAUGGGAUUGCUUUUCUAGCUCCAUUUCUCGUACUUCCUCUCCCGCCACCGUUGAUGAUGUAUGGUUGCCCAGUGCAACAAGCCCCAAUUCUGAUAUUGCUGGGGAUUCCCCAAGUGCGGAACGCAAGGUUUCAAUUGCGACAGACGUGAAAAAGGAAAUUUCGGGAUUUGAAGAUGGCCUGUCUCUUCCCAGCGGAUUUCAUCUUCGUAAGCAGGGAAGUGACGGUGAAUCCUCGGCCAGGGACCAUGAACUGUACAAGAAUGCCGCACCCGGGCCCGAUGGUCUCUUUCACUGUCCUUGGGAGGGACAAGCGAGCUGCAACCACAAGGCCGAGAAGCUCAAGUGCAACUACGACAAAUUCGUCGACUCUCACCUGAAACCAUACCGCUGCAAGGCUGACUCCUGCGAGGGCGCUCGCUUCUCCUCAACUGCUUGCCUGCUGCGACACGAGCGCGAGGCCCAUGGAUUGCACGGACAUGGCGACAAGCCCUUCCUUUGCGUCUACGAGGGCUGUGAGCGCGCUGUUCCAGGCAGCGGAUUCCCUCGUCAGUGGAAUCUGCGAGACCACAUGAAGCGCGUGCACAACGAUCACGGCAGUGCUGGCGGCUCGCCUCCAUCCGGCACCAACGCACAGUCCACCAAAGGUCGCAAGAGAAAGACGGAGGGGGCAGAGCCCCAGAAUGGCAACCGCAAGGCGACGCUCAAGUCGAUGCCGGUGGCAGAUUCCAAGCAGACGCCUGCCAAGCCACUCCUCGAGCAGUGGCUCGACCAGCGACGCGUGGUCGAGGAGAUUGUCCGCGGCCUGAACAAGCCAGAUGACGCCCGCAGCUUGCAGCAGAUCGGCGACGUGCAGAAACGUCUUGCCUACAUGGCGAACAUGACCAAGAAACUGAGCUCGGCAGCGUCGGAUACUCCUGCGGAGACCAACCGACGACAUUACUCUAGUGGAUGA